AGUGGGGAAUCACUUGUGUGGUCGGCAUAUCCAACCCUGUACAGGUUGGAUCGCACAAGUGUCAAAAAUAUUUGGUUUUCAAACACAACAAUGAAUACACGCUCAGAAAGCCUGACAUCAUUCAGACCUAGCAAGCUAACUAGCUAUUAGCCAACUCUUUCCUAGUUUGUCAGCAUUGAGUAGAGAGCUUUAACCUCUGCUUUCUGAAAGUCCCUGAAGAUUGAGAUUAACUAACUACCUUAUAUGAUCUUUGUGAGAAAGCUUGCUAGUAAACAGCAAGAAGGUGACAACAGGGAAACAAUUUCCUCUGCCACUCUAUUCGAGUUGUCUCUAAGAUUAACGCGUGGCAAUUGCUGUUUUUCUAUGUUAUUAUUGACACUGGGAUUUUCCAAAGAUGUGUAAGGCAGUCAGUAGUGGUUGUUGUAACAUUUCUUUUAGGUUUUGUCCAGAGAAUAAACGGUUAAAGCCUUUAAUUUGGCGUGGUCUUUACUAGGCCAUUGGGAUAAACCAUUUGAGAAAAGUGGGAGGGAGUGAAAGUCCAUGUUGGAUAUCAGAUGUUUAUUUAAUUCAAUAAUAUAUUGGUUUGUUUGUCAUAAUUGAGUCAUAUGUGCAUUUUUUUUAAAGUACAUCGAUUGUUACAUGAUGACAAACCGCUUUGAAAUAAACUGUUUGUAAGCAAAAUUCCGAUAUCCUAGACACCCUCCAUUCCCAAACUGAAUCCCGCCCCCAAGAUUAUGGCGAUUCAAUUCCAAAUCCACAAUUCUGGUUCCAUUGAUCAGCCUUGCUCGAACGCAGAGCAGCGGUGAGAAAGAACCGGACGAGCUAAAUUCUUAAAUGCAUCAAGACAAGUCAAACUACGGUCAUUUGCGGGAUUCCAUAUAUCGUAUAAUAUGCCUUAUGCUAGCUUGUGAGGUUAAGAUAGUUUGAGUUUGUUCUAGUGUAGUAAUUUAGGUGUAUAAAUAUAGCUAGCACAGGAUUCGGUACCACCGCCUUGCGUCAGCAUAGUAGGAAAGCCACGCUAGCUAGUAACUAGACGGGUUAUUUUUGGUAUGAGUGACCGAGCUCUGGCGUGCACUGAGAGAAUUAUUUCGCCAUAUGCAUAGCAAACGUCCGCUUCGUUUUAUACCUUGAAGUCGCUAUGAAUCAUGCAUAUUUCAUGACAGAAAUCUGAAGUCUGGGAUGUAGCCAUUUUUGAUUUAUUCUUCAUUGUUUGUACAUUUCGUGAUACUAAAACAGUCAGUGAGUGGUACAGUAGUUUUCGUUUAUAGAUUUGUUCCGCACUUCAUCCAAUUGCAUUGUUUGAAUGUCAUACGAGGCGCCCUUAGAAAAUGGACCUGAAUUUUUACUCUGAUCUAAUGGAUGGGACUGGGCAACACGGAGAUCCAGAAUUCCUGGACCCGGGGUCUUUCAAUGGAUUUGACAAUAAGUUCCCUGGAGGCAGUGACAACUUCCUGACCAUCAGCGGGGCAAGCCAUCCGUUCCUCUCCUCCUCUGAGACAUUCCACACCCCCAGCCUGGGCGAUGAGGAGUUUGAGAUCCCCCCCAUCUCCCUGGAUCCGGACCAGGCCCUCACUGUAUCUGAUGUAGUGGCCCACUUCGGAGAGCUCUCGGACGGGGAGCGCGGUGGCCUGUCCACCCCCGGGAAUGCGGUGGUGGGGGGAGACGACCCGUCCUUCGCCAUGACCUUUGUCAACCCACAUUCGGGGUCACAGGGGCUAGAACACCAUCUUAGUCUGGGGGUCAUCAGUCAACCUGGUGGAGGAGGGGCCAUGCUGGGGUCUGCUCUGGGGAUGGAUCUGGGACACCCCAUUGGUUCCCAGUUCAGCAGCUCCUCCCCAAUGACCAUAGAUGUCCCGCUGAAUGACAUGGGCCACGGCCUGUUGGGCCACAAUCAGCUGACCACCAUGGACCAAUCAGAGUUCAGCUCACAGCUGGGGCUCAGCCUGGGGGGCGGGGCCAUCCUGGCGUGCUCGCAGUCGCCUGACCAACCACUAUCGGCCGCUGCUUCACCCGUUGGUUCACUACAGGAUGACGACAUGGACGACUUCAGACGGCAGAGCGUGUUGGUGGAGUCCCCUGUCUCUCUCGGCGUCAUCUCCCUCGAUCCCUCUCUCUCCGAUUCCCCCAUACCUUCCUCCGCUCCGUCUUUCAGCACCCCUCCUACCCUCGUCCGGAGAGGGGGAGCGGUCGGAGGAGGGAAGAAAGGGAAGAGGAGGAAAGACCCCAACGAGCCCCAGAAGCCAGUAUCGGCCUACGCUCUAUUCUUCAGGGACACACAGGCAGCCAUUAAGGGACAGAACCCUAACGCCACCUUCGGAGAGGUGUCCAAGAUAGUGGCCUCCAUGUGGGAAAGUUUGGGGGAGGAGCAGAAACAGGUCUACAAGAGGAAGACAGAGGCAGCUAAGACAGGGGAUCUCAAGGCUCUGGCAGCCUACAGCGAUAAUCAACUUCCUGAGCCAACCAUAGAGCUUCUGGACACUGCUCUGUCACCUCCCUCUCCUCCUUCCCCCACCCUUCUCGCCACCCCCGUCGCCCACCAUCCCCGCUCCACUCGUUCCUCCACCCCCCACCUGGCCCCCGAGGAGAACACCAUUACCAACAUCUGCACCUCCAACAUCAUCCUAACAGGUGGAGAUCUCCCUCAAGUCACCACCCGUUCCCGUACAGGGGCGCACAAACCGCCCGCCCCGGCCCCCAGCCCCCCCACCGUCACCAAAAUCAUCAUCAAGCAACAGAAGUCUCCCUCAGGGGUGACGGUGGUGUCCAGUAGUGCGGUAUUGUCGUCCCGUCAACCACCGCCACUCCAACAGAUGCAGAACACCCCUCCUCCCCCCCGUCUCCAGCAGAUGGUACAUGCCCAGGCCCCUCCGCCACUGCAGGCCAAACCAAGAGGCGUGGGUGCCGGUGGUGCCACAGCACCACCCCCCCUGCAGAUCAAGAUGGUCCAUCCCUCAGAUUUGGACUCUCCAAUUAUCGUGACUGCUGCAGGUGGUUUAGCUGCGGCGGGUGGGUUCAAUCCGAACUCGGGGAAGGUGGUACAGUCCUCUGCCAUAGUAAUGGCCUGUUCAACGGAGGCUGAGGACGGGGCUGAAGGAGAGGAAGGGAUGCAGGUAGAGUUGAAUGUGUCUUCAGGGCCAGUUGUGAUCCAGGCCUCCAGCCCUAACCUGUGUGUCAGAGCCGGCUGCACCAACCCAGCUGUCGAGAACAAGGACUGGGACAGGGAGUACUGCAGCAACGAGUGUGUGGCCACACACUGCAGGGAUGUCUUCAUGGCCUGGUGUGCGAUCCGAGGGCAGAAGUCCACCUCCGUCACGUAAGGAAUGGACAGAAGACAGGAGUGAGAGAAGAUUAUCAUGAUAUAGACAUGAUAGAGGGAGGACUAGGAAGGAGAGAAGAGGAGUGUGGACUGAACAAUGGACAUGGUGGAGGAAGGAGAGAAAGGAGAAUAGAUUUGGCUUUUAUUCACAGCAGACUUUGUCCUCUUAAGAAGAAUCAAGUGGAAGACCAAUACUCCUGUGAUGUUAAAUUAUGAAGUUUAAAUAAUGAGAGUAUUUUAUAUGAAAUGUUUUUAAUCAUUUUAAGAUGUUGGUGAAAAGUAAUAUAACGCUGCAGGGUACUAUUGGGAUGUCUUGCAUUUCAUAGCUUGGAUGUUAGAGUUGGAUAAAGGGUAAGAUCAGGAGUUUCUUUUUCCUGAUCACGUGACACAAGGAAAAACUUAGCCAAGAUGACCAUAUUCUUCUUGGCUAGGUCACGUGAUCAGGAGAAACUCCUGUCCCUAUCCAUCAGCCAAUGAGAAGGCAUGUUUAUUUCACGUGUGCGUCCUCUCGUCCGACUUCCGUUGAAACGGAGAUCACGGUAUCAAUGUUGUCCAUGUUAUCAAUGUUGCCUGUGACUUAAAAUCAGUCUCACCCUCAGCCCUAGUGGGAAAUUCCCUUCAGUCUAAUCGUUUAGACCAUUGGUUUCCCAUGCAGACCUGGUUUCAGAUCCCACCGUGACAUACAAACCUCUGGGCUGCGUUCAGGAGUGUGAAAAAUUCUGAACGUUGCUGAUAGACAGGCCAUGUAUAGAAUUGACAUGAUUCCUUUCUCUAGAACAUGACAGAGAAGCAUGUCUGUUUACAUGUUGUAUUUCUAUCAGAACGGUUGUUACACACUGAACAUGAUUGCCAUUGAAUGGGAAGGUUUCACGUAUGCAUUUUACAAACAUUCAGGAUUACAGUUUGUUUUUGAAAAACCAUCAUGUUGGUGAAAUAAAAUUGUAGGAAAAACAUAUUUGAAAGAAAAUACAUAGUCAUUUAAGUAACGCACAAAACGACACUAAACCACCUUUUAUUUUGACACUACAUGACCAAAAGCAUGUGGACACCUGCUCGUCGAACAUCUCAUUCCAAAAUCAUGUGCAUUAAUAUGGAGGUGGUCCUCCCCCCUUCGCUGCUAAUGUGGGAACAUGGCUGCGGGGCCUUGCUUCUAUUCAGCCACAAGCGCAUUAGUGAGGUUGAGCGCUGAUGUUCGGCGAUUAGGCCUGGCUUGCAGUUGUCGUUCAAAUUCCUCCCAAAGGUGUUCGUUGGGGUUGAGGUCAGGGCAAUGUGCAGGCCAGUCAUGUUCUUGCAUACCGAUCUCAACAAACCAUUUCUGUAUGGACCUCGCUUUGUGCAUGGGGGUCUUGUCAUUCUGAAACAGGAAAGGGACUUCCCCAAACUGUUGCCAUAAAGUUGGAAGCACAGAAUCUUCUAGAACGUCACUAUGCUGUAGUGUUAAGAUUUCCCUUCACUGGAACUAAGGGGCCUAGCCCGAAUCAUGAUAAACAGCCCCAGACCAUUAUUCCUCAUCCACCAAACUUUACAGUUGGCACUGUAUUCGGCCAGGUAGUGUUCUCCUGGCAUCCACCAAACCCAGAUUCAUCUGUCAGACUGCCAGGUGAAGCAUGAUCCAUCAUUCCAGAGAAAGUGUUUCCACUGCACCAGAGUGCAAUGGUGGCAAGCUUUCCACCACUCCAGUCAACGCUUGGCAUUGCGCUUGGUGAUCUUAGGCUUGUGUGCGGCUGCUCGGCCUUGGAAACCCAUUUCAUGAAUCUCCCGACAAACAGUAAUGUGCUGACGUUGCUUCCAUUUACAUUACAUUUACAUUUAAGUCAUUUAGCAGACGCUCUUAUCCAGAGCGACUUACAAAUUGCCGCUUCCAGCGGCUGUUUGGGACUUGGUAGUGAGUGUUGCAACCGAGGACAUAUGAUUUUUACACGUUACAUGCUUCAGCACUCUGGGGUCCCGUUCUGUGAGCUUGUGUGGCCUACCACUUCGCGGCUGAGUAGUUGUUGUUCCUAUACGUUUCCACUUCACGAUAACAGCACUUACAGUUGACCAGGGCAGCUCUAGCAGGGCAAAAAUUUGACUUACUGACUUGUUGGAAAGGUGGCAUCCUAUGACGGUGCCAUGUUUGAAAGUCACUGAGCUCUUCAGUAAGGCCAUUCUACUGCCAAUGUUUGUUUAUAGAGAUUGCAUGGCUGUCAGCAUUGGGUGUGGCUGAAAUAGCCAAACCCAGUAAUUGUGAAGUGGUGUCCACAUACUUUUGUAGGUAUAUAUGGUGUGUUUCUGGAGAGGAAAGGGAGAAUAAAUAUUUUUUAAAUGUUUUAGUGUCUCGGAGUAGGAAUGCUGAUUUCGGAUCAGGUCCCCCCCCCCAUAUGUGAUCGUGUUAAUUUGGAUCUAAAAGGCUGAACUAAUCCUAGAUCAGCACUUCUACUCAGAUGCUUUAUGAAGACGGCAAAUAAAGAAAUUAGUAUUUUAACCAUUGAAAUGUAAUUACGAGAAAGGACAUCCCCAUUCACUAGUAACAAUAAAGGGAAUUCUCAUUUAAUAUA